ACUGGGCAUCAUCUGGUGAUUCAAGAGGACCUUCGGAAUCUCAUUUCACCGAAUGCUUUGGCAAUGGCGGCGGCAGAAGAUAUCUUCCCUGUACUAUGGACUCUGGAAGGCUCGUAAGGCGGCGACGUAUGCCAUGCUUAGCUCCUCCUGGACGUUUGCUUGAUCAGGUUCAGCCCAGUGGAAUGCGGAUGAAGGCUGGAAUUGCCAUGAUCGCGGCGGCACCACGAGUGAUUGCCCGGGGGGAUUGCUCUGGCAUCGAGGAGCAGAUCGAUGAUGCGGACAAGAAGGUGGUGGCUGGUACUGAACAGGCUGGUGAGGAAGGAAUGCAAAGUGUUUCUUGCAGCGAUGGGUUGACGCAUGUAGAUUCGUCUGGUCAAGCACGGAUCGUCGAUGUCAGCAACAAAUCUGCGACAGUGCGUGUCGCGUGCGCAUCUGCGACUGUCCGUCUUGGACCUAAGGCGUUUGGCCUUGUACGUGCAAACCAGAUUGCGAAGGGAGACGUUCUCGCCGCCGCAAGAAUCGCGGGUAUCAGCGGUGCGAAGUUGACAUCAACGCUGAUUCCGCUUUGUCAUAACCUGUUCAUCAGUGGAAUCGAUGUGGAACUGACGCUGGACGAGCAAAGCUGCAGUGUACAAAUACGAACGCGCUCGAAGACCACGAGUCAGACUGGAGUUGAAAUGGAAGCGUUAACCGCGGCAUCGGUGGCGGCGCUGACAGUUUACGAUAUGUGCAAGGCGGUGAGCAAGGACAUCCAAAUAACAGAUGUACAGCUAGAGGAGAAAUCAGGUGGGAAAAGUGGCUACUGGAGACGAGGCUCACCGACGGUGCAGAAAUGACAUCAC